AUGGACACCUUUGGCACCAAGUUAAAGCAGAAGGCUCUGAAGCAACCUAAGCAGAAGAAAUCCAAGUCGGCUGAAUUUCUGAUGGGGGAAGAAGAGAGGGAUGUAGUAGUAGGCAUAGAAAACCCAGCUUUUAAUGGAGGAGGAAGUGCCAAGUCUUCUGUUCCUCUGGUUUGGUUGGGAAGAGAAAUUCGAGGUGACAGGCCGGAUAGCACCCUUGCAGCUCACCCAAAAAAAAUGGAGCUGCAAGCCCCUGCCAAAGAAAGAGGAGAUGAACAUGCCCAAAAUUACUUUGACCCGUCGUCGGCAGCGCAGACGGACCCAAGACAUUGCAGGAUGGCUGGGGCCAGCACUGAAGAUGAGCUGGAAUUAACAUUAUUAAAUGCAGAUGGAAACAGACUGUAUCAGACGAUGGCCGCACUGUUGGAUGAGGACGACACCUUCAUAGACAUACCUGGUACACUGCAAGCCUCCGGGGAUGAGGAGGUGUUGGAGGUGAAGUCAGGUGAUCCGGUGCUUCAGCGGCGACUGAUGCUCCACAGUGGUGGUCGUGCCUCGGGGUCCGGGCCCUCCCAGCCCCACGCCACUGCCAGGACCCAGUUUGAGACUGGUGCUGGGCUGGAAGUGGAAGCUGGACCCGAAGCAGGGAGGAUGGUAAUGGGAAGCGAGAGCACUGUAAAAAUGAGAAUAGCUGAGGAGGUGAUCCCCCACUACACCCAGCAGCUGAGGGAGCGUGUGCAGCCUGACAUGAUCACGCUUGGCAGCCUUUCACUGCAGCAGCAAGUGGCUCAGAAGGGACCAGUGAAGAGUGGAGAGUGGGCAACGAGAAGGAAGAAACUAAUAGCCUUCCUCACUGGGAAUAUGAAGGAGCCCCAUUCACAAAGAGACGAAGCGGGAGGAGCAGCGCCACAACCCGGGCUGAACACGCUGCUCCGGUGCGGCAGAAUCACCGAAAGCCCGUCGCUCCGAGUGCUGGGGGAAGGCCAAGAGGAGGCGAUGGCCAAAUUUGAGCAGAUGACGGAGCUCCCGGGAUCCUCCUCCUCCUCGGCGUCACGGCCCAUGUGGCAGAUGAACCAGAGAACAACUCCCCAGCCUGUGGAGGUGUGUGUGUGCUGCCUAAGAGCCGCCAGAGACAAACUACCCAGGGGCCUCUACGCCGUCAGCGUGUCCCUGUACAGUCGUCUCGGGGGUUCAGCUCUGGCUUGGCACAGGGAGAAGGAGGAGCAACAGUGGGCUGUGACCACCGAGCCGGUCGAGCAUCGGGGCCGCUUCCACGACACCGACCUGCACAUCAACCAGAGCCUGUUCACGAUUUUACCUGCAGCCCGUGAGGUCGUCCCCUCCAUGGUUCUGAUAUUCCAACUGAUCGCUCUGCCGGGAGCCAGCAGCCACGUCAGCUCCGUGGUGGCGUGGGGGGCAUUUCCUGUUUGCGGCCCGGGCCUCGGCCUGGUGCAGGGCAGGUUCAAGACGCCUCUUCUCAGGGGGGAGCCCAACGCACAACUGGACCAGUUUAAAAAAAUUGAAGGCCUCCUCUCCUCUGAUCUCGACCACUGGCUGUGCAACAUGUACUUUCAGGUCAAGAGGCUCCCGUCCAGGGGGCCGGAGCACGGCACCACUGCACCGCUCCCCCCUGCCAACCCCCCAGUGGUGCCACAACCCGACCCACUCCAGAGCCAGCUUCCACUGCAGCCCCAGCCCUCGUCCCAGCCCCAGCUUUGUACCCAGUCCCUUCAUCCUCAGUCCCUCUUAUACCCCCACCAGCAGCAGCCGCACGCGGGCCCCAGCAGCGGAGCAGGAGAGCCCGCUGCGGUGUAUUCUCACCGGGGGUCUCCUCUCCACCUGUCAGCUGAUUCCGCGUGCUCCUCCUCCUCCCUGCCAGGGAAGAAUUCCUCAUCCGGAGCCAUUUCUGGGACCACAGGAGAGAAGGGGGAUCCGUGCGGCAGGGCGAGAGCAGAGGGCGGAAUCCACUACAAGAAGAAGCCAAUCAAGAAGACAAAUAGCUGCGGCCCCAGCGUGAGCAGCGGCAGCGCGCCGCCUCGGCAGGCAGGCAAACAGAGGAUGCGGCAUUCGGUGGAGAACCUCUCCACGGAGGAGAUGGAGGAGUAUACAUUCUCCCUACAAUCACCAGUGACGGGACCUGUCUCCCGCCCCCCCCGCCUGUCCGAACGAGCCCGCCUGGCCCUGCACAUGCUGUCGUCUGACCUGGGCCUGCCGUUGCCGGGGCAACAGCAGCCGCGUACGAGCUGGCGCGGCUCUGUUCGGAAGCUCAGCCUCAUUAUGCUGCUGAUGGCUUUGAUGUGGUUUGUGAGGCUCUACCUGCAUUACUGCAGCCAGUGGCUCUACCUCCAGGCCAUAGCAGUUCCUGUCAACAAGUUCCAGUUCCACGCACACACCGUGCAGCUUGUAUACCAGAGUUCCUUGCUCCACAUCUGGGAGGAGAUGGCGAUGCUGGUGGUGGGUCCCCUGACCUUGAACGCAUUAACGUUCCUGCUGGUUCUGAUCAGAUGGGGCUGUCAACAGAUAUUUGGCUCACUCCCUUCCUUCACGUCAAAGUUUAUCAUGGCUCAGGGAGUGUGGACAGUCCUCGACCCUCUGGCGGUCUUCGCAGUGGACGCCGUCCUUGGGCGUCUCACCUACAGUCCGGACACACCAGUGGGGGACGCGGCAAAGCUCUACUGGCACUUUUAUCGAGCUGACCAAUCGGGUGCAGCCGGGCUGGUUAUCACUCUCUUCCUCUACGCGGUCCUGUUCCUGCUCUCCAUCACCAUCCUCUCCAUUUACCUGCUCAGAUUCCACAACGAUGGCCACAUGCUGGACAUCUUUCAGCGGCUUACAGCCAAAGAGGGGAUGUACUUCCUGCCUCAAGAUCUGGAGCUGUCCAAUCAGGAGCUGAGCUACAUUGUCAAGAAGGCGGAGCAGUGGCGAGGCUUCAAUGGGGAGAGGCGCAAGGUGGCAGUUAAUGACUAUGUCUGGACAGCAGAAGACCCCCUCCCUGAAUCUGCAGCAUCUAGCAAUGACGCUCUGAGGGAGGGCGCCCCCCAUCCAGAGGGCGAGACCAGCACACAUGUGGUCGUCCACACCCUGUACCUGAGUGGGCAGAAACAAAGACACAGACACUUCCUCCGACAAUCUAACGGAGCUAUCAUUGAGGUGAUAGGUGACACCGAGGGGGUGCACGGGGAUCCCAGGAUGGCUUCCUGUCCAGGUCAGGGCUCCACCAAUCAGAGGGCAGACCAGGGAGGCAGGAGCGUCCCACAGCAGCUACGCCAACGGAAGAAACUGUUUUGCCGGUCCCAUCGUGUCGAGCCAGUAGGAGGAAGCGGGUGUGGCUCGAGCUUUGCACUGCACGACCUCAACCAAUGA